AUGUGGUGGGGACAUAACAACUAUAAUAUAUGCAUAGAUGACCGCAACUUCAUGCCAGGUGCUUACAUUGCUGACAUUAUCAUUGAAAGCAUCAGCAAAAGCAACAAGAUAAUUCUGAUUAUUAGCCAUAAUUUUCUCCGAAGUGGUUGGUGCACAUUUGAAAUGAACCUUGCCAGAGGUGAGCUUGCUACCAGGGGGCGAGACUGUUUGAUAUUGAUACUAAAAGAGCCUGUGGAUGUCCUACCCCCAGAGCUGAUCACACCCACUCUACGUUCACUACUUGAGACCCGGGUGUACUUGGAGUGGAGUGAGGAUGAAGACAGGAAACAGCUGUUCUGGAGGAAGAUGAAAGAUGCUCUUGGUGACCCAAGAUAUCAGGGAAAUGAAGAUAGCCAGUAUUUAUACCAGAGCAAUGAUGGUGAUAAUGAAGUCCUUCAAGAACUUCUUGAACCAUAAAAUAUCAUUCACAUGUAGAUUCACCAUGGACUUUGACCUCUGUAACUUGAGUAAGUGAUGUGAAAACUUAAUGUUUUAUUAUUUUUCAAUGACAUUUAAGAUUGACCUGAACUCAUUUGUUUGAUUCUCUCCACCUUUAUACAAAAUAUACAAAUGAAGUCAGUCAUAAUGUAAUUUAAAAAAUAUAUUUAUACAAGUUUUAUUCAGGUUUCAAUAAAGAAACCUCUGAACCUCUUUUUCAUUUUCCUGUAUUUACUAUAUAAUAAUGCAAUAGAUGAUCCCAUACUACCUGGAUGAGCUAAGAUCAAAUUACUGAUUUAGUAAAUUAAGACUUUGAUAUCUGUUUGGUUAAUUUUAAUAAAUUAUUAUAAACUGUAUUUGCUACAUUUGCAAGGUUUUGUCUAGAAUUGUGGCUAUAUAUACUUUUAGGUUAAACUUACAGGGUGACACAAAAAUACUCUUAUUCAGGGGUUUAUUUCUUGAAAGUUUGUUAAGUUUUGCAUUUUUGUUGCUGGUAAAAUUUACUUUAAAGAUUCUCGCAAUCU